AUGAUUCCCUCGGCUUCCUCGGCCGUAUUGAGGGUAAAAUCCCCACAAAUCCCAACCCAGGAUCCCUUUAGCGGAGGCGACGCGCGCAUUUUUGAGGAGCUGCUGGACGCCGAGGCGGCGGUCGACCUCGCGCGGCUGCGGGAGGCCUCCCGAUUAGGGGUUCACCCUCGAUACCGCGGCAUGGUCUACCGCUAUCUUCUCUGCGUGACGUUGACUGAUAAAUCGAGCGAGAUGAGCGUGGAGCGCGCGCAGGAACGCGAUUUUGAGCUCCUCCGCUGCGCCGCGCCCUACACGCAGGCGGGGCGGCUGAUCAAAGGCACCGGGGGGAAGCCCCUCGCGCCGUAUCUUUACUCCUCGAUGAGUGGUGCGGCGUGGAAGCGCGCGAUUUCGGCGAUGCAACACCGUGCGGCGUUCUCACACAGCCCUGAAUCCCGCCGUUGGUUGGACACCGUGCUGGAAUCCCUGCAGGCGAUCUACAGCGACGCCUCGGAGGAGGCGAUUUUUAUCCUUGUGCAGCUGGUAUUACCCUUUAAGGCGAUCAAAUCGAGCGCGAAGGAUACCUUCUACUGUGUUAAUACGAUCUAUCACCUCCUCACCCACCAUGGGAACCCGUUGCAGGAUGAGGAUUGCCUGCAGCAGCACUGUGGAAAUUUUAUGAUGCUCUUUCACACGCUCAACGGCAUGCUUUAUCGGCAUUUCUUCACGGAAGGCAUCACAACGCUGGAGUGGGUGCCUCGCCUGCUUUGUACCUUGUUGGCCGAUCGGCUUCACUUGGAGGAUCUUUUGCGGAUCUGGGAUUACUACCUCACCGAUCCAGGUGAAACACUCACCUUUUCCUUGCAUCCUUUUGUCUGCUUAGCCCUACUGUCGAACCUUACGGAGGACUUGGUUGAUUGUGAUAAGAGGGAGAUCUUGUAUCGGUUGGAGCACAUGCCACGUAUCAACGCCGAGGCUGUCCUUCAAAAGGCAAUCUCGAUACGAGAAGACGCUUAUACCAGGGGGCUACUGUUCUCGUGA